AUGAAGACGAAUAAGAUUGUCAAACUCGCGAGGCAGUACAAGCGCAAGUACCCUAAGGUUGAUUUCGUCUUCCUGACAACCAAGAAAUAUUCUCAGUCAGAGGCGAGGUACAAGAACGAAACAGGGUAUUCCAGAGCCGCGAUGCGAACAAAAUUCAGCACGGGCUUUGUAUCCAUGGUAUUUGCUCUUGAUAUCUGUGAUAAGGUGCUGGUAUACGGAAUAUCAAGGGAUGACUUCUGCAAGAAAAAUCCAAAGGCAAAGGUCCCCUAUCACUACUACGAACCUAAGAAAAGGAGCGAGUGUUUCUUCGUCAAAAAAUCGGAGAUGAAUUAUAAAAGUGGCCACAAGUUUUUGACAGAACAUGCGAUGUUCGCACGAUGGUCUACCGUUCGCAACAUCACUUUUCGCUAUCCAUCGUGGAAUGGCUCAGAAGCAUCCGGACGCGUCGGUUCAUACUAUUUGAAGAAAUAUAAAAACACAUUAGGAAAGACUUUGAAAAGCAAGAAAGGAUGAGUUACAAUGUUCACAUCGCCACAGAGAUAUGUAUAUGCGAGACGGUGUGACAGCGAGUUUAGUCAUGUGCUCCUUCUGUCCGGAGCAGUCAUGAAGAAGUUUUGCCCCAGCAUAAUUUUUAUGUUUAGGGAAACCUGCUUUCCGAUAAUACUUUAUAUACUUAUACUAUCACGUUGUCUUGUUUGUAAUUUUUAUA